CCAUUGCAUAAAAAUUAAAAAAGUUUAGGUACCGAAAUGUCAUUAUGAAAAAAUUUAGGUGCCAAUUGCCAUCCAUAUUAGUGGAUUGAUAGAUUGUUGUAAAAUUAUUGUUUUGUCACAUCCGAAACCUAAAGUUUGAUUUUUAACAACAAAAAUUACCAAAUUACAAGUUGGUGCCUGAAUUAUCAUAGAACAUUACUUUAGUAAUUAAACUUAUCAAAACUUUCAGAAUGAUCCAAAAGUUAGAUGUCACUUGAAUCCAAAAAUCCAUGACAAGUCUGUUUCAUAAAUCCCUGAAUCUAUUUAAUUCAUUCCACGAAUCCAUAAAUCCAAUCUACUUGUCACCUAAGAUCAUAGGCGGAGGGAGAGGGUCUGGGAGAUGUCAAAUGACACUGGUAAAUUCUGGGCUAAGAAAACCCAUAUGUAUGUAUAGAUCAAGGAUACUCGUGACUUCUAUGCGAUAUAAGAGUGUUCUACCGCUAUACUACAAGUCAUAUCUUGUUUGAUCAGGAGAAGUUGUUGUGUCUUACUAGAUUUUGUUCACUGAGUUUAGUUUCGCUCAUGACACCAUUAUUCGACAACACAACUUGUUGGGUAUUAUCAUGAUGUUAUGGCUUAUGAAAGAUUUGUUGAAUUUUAACUAAACUUUGAUGAAUUCUCUCAAAUAAUGGUAAAGACAAAACUUCAUCAAUCAUAUCCGUAAGUUUAAUUUGUUUGCUUCUGACGCUAGUUUUGACUUUACGCGUUGCAACGGCAAGUGUAGAAAAAGCAGUUUUAGCUUUUGAGCUAUAUUAGCCUCGUAGAUGAAUUGGUGGUCAGUUUCUUAAUAAUUGUUUAGUUGGAUACCAUUGGGAAAAAAACCUUACUUAAUAAGAGUGUAAACAAGAAAUAUAUUUUUUCGUUUCUUUCAAGAGUACGAAAACGCAUAGAAAACAAUGACUGUAUUAAUUGAGUAUUUCUUUAUUACCUAUGAAUGAAUUAUUUGGAUAUUAUCAAUUUCUUAAUUAUAUUUAUUUAAUAGUAAUUUAUUCAUUUAUUGCCCAAGGUCUUGCAUGGAAUCUGCCGGCCAAGUAGCCUGGAGCCACCAUGCAAAAUACCACAAAUGAAGACGGCAGAGAACCGUACGCCACCUCAAGAGCAGAGCGACGGAGGACACUAUGAUCAUGUAUAAAAAAGGAGUUGUGAGCAAUAAUAACUGUUAAUUGCUAACGCAAUUAAGAGAGGAAGAAAAGGAACUUACGUACCAUAAUGAUGAGCAGGAAGAAGCAGCAGGUGGUGAUGAACAUAAUGAUCAUUAUUAUUAUUACUCUUGUUCUAAUUAUGGCACCGCCGUUAAUCAGUGCCAUGACGCGGAUCGUUAACAUCAACAACAAGGUGAGCAGCGAGAAGGCACUGAUCGUCCACUGUGCAUCCGCCGACGACGACCUCGGGGCCCGCGCCAUGAACUACGGCGAGGCCUACAGCUGGCAUUUCGACGACCACCACGUCAUCCUGCAGACGCUGUUUUGGUGCCACCUGGCGUUGGAAGACGGGCGUCUUUCUUUCGAUGCGUACCAUGAAGGGCAGCCUGAAGGUGGGUAUGAAGUCAUAAAUUGGGAUAUCAAUGAAACUGGGGCCUAUAGCCCUGAUCACUCAUGGUUUACCCUGACGUGGAGGAGGAUUCGGAUCCCUUGAAAUCAUCCACCGUGGAAUAUCGGUUUUUCCCCCCCGGUUGGUUUUGAAAAUGUCAGUUGCCGUUUUUUUUUGGUUGUUCUUCGUGAAGAAUGCAUGGCUGUGGUGGUCCGAGUUAAUUAAUAAGGGAAUCGUCUUUUUUAGUUCGUUUUGGUUAAUGGAGAUGGUAGCGGGCCGUUUCAGAAAACCUCGCUCCGCCGCGAUAACAUCAUCAAUCAUAAUACGACCCUGGGGGUGUAUUUUUUACCAAAGUAACGCAGCAAACGACUCAAUUGAAGAAUCGAUUGAGCUCGAAUCAAGAACGAAGCGCUCUUAAUUAAUACGAACUUGGGAUAAAACGGAACCAACGGACAAUUCCACACCUGGGGAAAGCUCGUAUGGUAUAAAAGGGUAGCUGCUCGACCAUGAUUGAAGAGAAUAUUCAAUCGAUACAAAGCUCACAAGUUUGGAUUCCACCAAACUCAAACAAGUCGCAACUUGCACAAAACCAUAGGUUUGUUUUUCUAUUAAUCAAAGUCUUGCUUUUUACAACGAAAUCGAAGGCUAUUUAUAGCCAAUAAAACCUAAUACAAACCUAAUAGAACUAGGAAACAAUUAAGGUAAAAGUCUUCACUAAAAAGGACACAAAAUUUCGGAUUUAAACUCUCUUUCUUCAAGCACAAGUAAGCUGCCCGCAAAACAGUCAAAAGGCAGCUUUCGUACUAACUUCGCGCUUUUGUUCGAGGCCUUCCCAAACUUCAAUUCUUCAUCCAAUUCCUUCACUUUGUUCACAAACAUACCUAGUUUCAUGUUGUGGAAGCCUUUUGACUUGGAUCUCAUCCAUGCUCCUUGAAUUGAGCUCCAAAGUAGGCUUCACAGAACAAUUUUCUGCCUUAGUCAUUUUCUGGCAGUUUUUCAGUUUUGAGGUAGCAACUUUGAGGCCUUGGAAAACAACAUUAAUGACAUUAUCUGGAUCCACAAAGGAUACCAUUGGAAACAUGGUAACUUUAUCUGUAAAACAAACCCUUAAACUUGAUUUUCCACCAAGCCAAUUGAGAGAACCAUGCCUCCAAAGUAUGUACCCUGAACAUGGAUUUUGACUUAGCCAAAUUCUGCCUUUCUUCUUCCCAACUUCGAUAGCUUCUUUGUCAAGUAAUUGUGACGUGAAUGGUUGGAAAUUUGGGAUCAUAUCAGAUCAGUCUCCCACGCGUUUGCACCGUCGUCAGCCGCUGUUUCUCUCGAGUUACAGUCUUUCGAAGCGAGGUUUAUGGUAUGCUUCAGUAGGUUUAUGGUCUGGCCGGGUCAGUAGUUUGUGUUCAGAAUUUGUAAUGUGCAUGGUUUCUCUACUUUGUGGUAUGCUUUAAUAGAUUUAUGAGAUGGACUUGUGGAUUUAUGAUUUGCAUUAUGUUCAACGCUUGUGGUGUGGUCUUUUUGUUUUCCGGUGUGCUUCAUGAGUGGUGUGGUGUGAUUUGACAUAUCUGUGGUCUGCUUCAAAUAUGAAACGUGAUAUAGGUGUUCGACUAGUGGAUUUGCAGUUUGCACUGUGUUCAACGAUUGUGGUGUUUUUUGUAAUUGUUUUCGGGUGUGCUUCAUGAGUGUUUUGGUUUGGAUUCACAUAUUUGUGAUUUUCUUCAAAUAUGAAACAUGAAGAUUGGUGUUCGUUUUAGACUCGAACAAGCCGAGAACUCAAUUCUUUUUUCCCAAUAUAAUUCUCUACUCUUAAAUAUAAAACGAACGUACAAAUAUACACAGAAAAUCUCAAAACUGCUGACUGCCACCCUUUAGUAAAUCCUAAUCAGCUAAAAGCUCAAUUCCUUAACUGUGUCCCAUUAUUCUAGAUGAUGAUGUUGAUAAUAAUAACAAUAAUAAUUAUUAUUAUUAUUAUAUAGUAACCCAUAAAGCCAAAAUCUGCCUAAAUGAAGAAUACUACAAAUA